AUGAAAUUCAGUUCGGCUUAUUUGGCCUCUUUGUUUGCCCUAGCUCAAUUGGUUGUGGCUAAAUCUGAGGAAUUCGGUUUGGUCGCAAUCAAACCAAGCACUGAUCUACAUUACUCUACUAUUCAUGAAAAAGAAGGUGCUUUGUAUUUCGGUCAUGAUAGCAAAAAACCUUUGACCGGUUGGAUCACUGACUGUGGUUACCUAAAGUUCUCUGAUGAGAGUUAUGCUGGUUUGACAAAAUAUGGUACUCUGGAAGAAACUUCCAAAUGUUAUGCAUCUGCUGGUUUCUACGUAAAAGACGGUAAGUUGUACUACAACAGCAAGAAAGAUUUCUGGGCUUUGCCAAAGGAUUACAAAUACUUUGUCUCUAUUGAGGAUGGUAAGGAUGCUGUUGGUGUCUUUAUCAGAGCUCAAGGUUCCAGCGGUUAUCCAGUAAAGGAUUUCUACCCAAACAAGGAGAAAUGUUAUGAGGAAGAGAAGAAGAAGAAGGAGGAAUGUAAGAAGGAGUAUGAAAAGGGUGACAAGGAAUACAAGAAAGGUAAAGACUACAAGAAGGACAAAAAGUACGACAAUGAUGAUGAAAAGGAUGAUGAUAAGGAUGAUGACAAGUACGAUGACAAGUACGAUGACAAGUACGAUGACAAGUACGAUGACAAGCAUGACGACAAGCAUGACGACAAGUAUGACGACAAGGAUGAUUACGAGAAGGAAUACAAGAAGGAGUACAAGAAGGGAAAGAACUACAAGAAGGAGAAGGAAUAUAAGAAGGAAAAGGGUCACAACAAAGAAAAGGAGUACAAGAAAGAAAAGGAAUACAAGGACUAUGACGAUGAGGACUAUGACGAUGAUGACUACGAUGAAUACAAGAAGCACAAGGAGUACAAACACUACCAAGGUCACAAGAAACACGGUGAUUUCAAGGAUCACAAGGAUGACAAAGAUAAAUAUGACGGUGAUUAUGAUGAUGAUUACGACGAGAAGGAUUAUGAGAAGGAAUACAAAGACAAGGAAUAUAAUCACAAGAAGGGUAAAGAAUAUGAUUACGAAUGGGAGAAAAAAUCAAAGGUGCAUAAAGCUCCAGAAAAGAAUGACGCUAUGGCAAUCAGCUACGGAAACACUUUUGGUGUUGGUGCAUUCGCCGCUCUUGCUGCAUUGAUUAUGUGA